AUGCGCCAUCUUUUGUCACCGGCUCUCCGGAGGGCUCGCCGGGCAUCACAAGGAGGAGACACGAAACGGUCCGAAUCUCGAAACUCUGAACAGCUAGACCAGUCCAUGUCGCAUGAUUCUUCUGCCUGUUCAGCCGUUCUCGGUUUAUCGAACAGAAGGUCUUUCGCACUGCCUUCUGUACCCUCAUCUCCUCUCCUGCUAGAGGAAAUGUUCAAACUUUGGCCAUCAGAGACAGUGUCAGACGCUACCAUACAAAGCGUAAGCGGUACUGUGGAGUCGAAACAGGGUACAUCCGUUACCAUUGUGCAAGACUCGGGCGUCUGGGAUCAAGAUCUGCAUCCGAGUCGUGAGGCAAGCUCACCUCUUCCCGAACUACAUCCUACUCGUCUUCUAGCUCAAUUCAGCACUCCUCUGAAUAGACCAGCGACCCCGGUCCCAUCUUUGACUUUCUCUCAGAUCUCUACAUGUUCUCGAUCUUCCCGGGAAGUCACAUCGUCUUCGCCGGAUCAGGCCACCAGGAGUUCCGUGGUACAUGGUCUCUGUUUGGCCAAGACAUCAACAAUUGGGUUAGAAGACAACGAGAUGCUCGAUCCUUUCUACACACCUCCACGAACCAGUGGUAAUCGGAGUGCUAAACUAGCAACUGACGAUUUUCCACCUUACGAAGCCUUCUAUGUCAAUCCUUGGACUGGUGGUUACGCUGGCGCCAUUGCCCCGAGCACACAACCACGCCACGUCGCACCUAGUGCCCCAGAAAUAUCGUACAUCGACUGGGACGAUGAGGAUGCUGAGCACACACAUCGCCUGCCGACAGCCAUUGCACGUAUUCGAAAGAGUCUUGCCGACCUUCGUACGGCAGACCGCUUCACUUCAAGUCGAAAAGCAUCUACCAGGACACAGGAUAGUUCAGAUGACGCUGUCCCAUCAAUCCCUCGACCAGCAACAGCGGAUGAUGGUGCUAGAGAUGUAAAAUGCUGCAGUCCCACGAAGAUCACGCAUGGUACACCAGACAAGACAACACUGUUAUUUGACAAAGCUCUUCCACCUUUGCCCAACGAGCAGCUAACGACGACUUGCCCUGAACCGACAGACCAGUGUAGCCGAAUGAGUGGGCGAAGCACCGAAGCAAUGUCCAAGAGGUCCUCGCGCUCCCUCCCAUCAAGCUUCAUAUCAGCCAACGAGCGUAGACGGACAAUUGACUCGGAGCUGGAAGGUCCUGACCCUAGCUCACCUGUUGCCUUUCAGCAUAUCAUCCCCCGGCAUAAUCAAUCUCCAAGAUCGGUUUCACCGCCCAAACUACGAAGGAGGGAGAGCUCCAAUUGCUUAUGUUUGAGAAGCGACAGACUCAACAAAUCGGCAUCGGUCAUCGUCAUGGAGAAGUGGCUCAGGAGCCCCUUUGCCAGCCAAAAAGGAAACUUGAAAUGA